AUGGCCAUCUCGUCACGACUCGCUCUGUGGGAGCAGAAGAUUAGGGAAGAGGACCGGAGCCCCCCGCCGACCUCCCCGCCUUUGCCUUUCUCCAUCAUUCCGGGGGGCUUCAUCAAGCAGCUGGUGCGGCAGAAGGAGGAGGAGUCCAAGGCCCUCCGGCUGAAAGAGGACGAGGCCUCGAACUCCCAGGAAGACGUCUCCGAGGACGAUGCCUGGUUUGAAGCGGAGAAGCUCUGGCUGCUUCAGAAGGACAAAUUCACUCUUGCCACUGAACUGAAGCCUGAUGUGGGCACCCUGGAGCUGCCUGCGGGAACCGUGCGCGCUCGCCUGGACGCCGAUGGCUCCAUUGUGGAGGUGGACGAAGAAGUGGUGCAGAAGGCCAAUCCACCCAGCCUGGACUACACCGAGGACCUGGCCGCUCUGGUCAGCCUGAACGAGGCCAGCGUCCUUCACGUCCUCCACCAGAGGUGCCAGUCACAGCUGCCCUACACCUUCUCUGGCCCUCACUUGGUGGCCCUCAGGUCGGUUCCUCCCGCGGUCGGCAGCUCCAGGAAGGCCUUCCAAGGCAGGAGGGACAGGAUGCCCCCACACGUCUUUGCGGUGGCGCAGAGGGCCUACUGGGACCUGCUGGCGCAGAGGCAGGACCAGGCGGUGGUGGCCCUGGGCAGAAGCAACGCGGGAAAGACCACCGCUUGCCAGAGCAUCCUGGAGUACCUCGUGGCCACCGCGGGCAGCCUGGACAACCGGGUCACAGUGGAGAAGAUCCAGGCCAUGUUCACGGUCCUCACAGCCUUUGGCACAGUGUCCGCCGGGCCCAACAGAGCCUCCACCCGCUUCUCCAUGGUCAUGGCUCUGGAUUUCAGUGCCUCUGGGCAUGUAACGGCUGCCCAUCUCCAGACGAUGCUGCUGGAAAGGGCCCGGGUGGCGCAGCAGCCCAAGGGAGAGGGCACCUUCAACGUCUUCUCCCAGAUGCUGGCAGGGCUGGACUUGGAGCAGAGGUCAACGUUGCACCUGCACCAGAUGGCAGAGAACAGCUGCUUUGGCAUCAGAGCCAGUCUCAAGGCAGAAGAGAAGCGGGGGGCUUCGGCCGCCUUUGCCCAGCUCCAAGCUGCCCUGGGCACCUUGGGAGUCGAGGCGGCUGAGCAGGAAGCUUUGUGGCGGGUCUUGGCCGGCAUUUAUCACCUGGGGGCUGCUGGUGUCUGCAAAGUGGGCAGGAAACAGUUCCUGAAGUUCGAGUGGGCCAACCGGGCGGCGGAUGUCCUGGGCUGCGAAGCGGAGGAGCUGACCACGGCCGUCUUCAAGCACCACCUGCAGCGGAUCCUUCAGCAGGUCACAGCCGGAUCCCCCUCGGAGGAGCCACUGGACGACCAGGUGCCAGGUGAGACCCGCUCGGGCCCCAAGCUGAGCGGGGUGGAGUGCUUGGAGGGCAUGGCUGCCGGCUUGUACGAGGAACUCUUUGCGGCCGUAGUGAUGCUGGUCAACAGGUCCUUCUCCUCCAGCCAGCUCUCCAUGGCCUCCCUGAUGGUGGUGGACACCCCUGGCUUCCUCAGCCCCCGGCACCAGCACAGAGAGCGGGCGGCCACCUUUGAGGAGUUCUGCCACAACUACGGGCAGGAGCGCCUGCAGGGGCUCUUCUACAAGACCACCCUGGAGUCUGAAGUGGGCAGAUACCGGGAGGAAAACGUUGAGGUCCCUUUUGUUCUUCCUGAAGUCUCUCCAGCCGCCACAGUUGCCCUUGUGGACCAGAGCCCGUCCCAGAUGCUCCUCUCUUCCGGGGGCCCCUCAGAGGACCCCCAGGGCCUGCUCUGGAUCCUGGAGGAGGAGGCCCUGGUGCAGGGCUCCAGUGACAGCCGAGCCCUCGACCGCCUGUGCUCGGCCUUCGGGAAGGAAGGUAAGGCCGGAGGGGAGAAGCCGGGGGUCCUGCGCAGGUGUGAGCAGCCCCUGCAGUUCGAGGUUGCCCACCGGCUGGGCAAGGACCCCGUCCGCUACGAUGCCACCGGCUGGGUGGGCAAGGCCAAGUGGAACCUCUCUGUGCAAAACGCCAUCCAGCUCCUGCAGCAGUCCAAGAUAGGGGCUCUGAGGAAAGUCUUCCUGCCACGCGCCCACGUGCCCCUCCUCUGCCGCUCAGUGGCCGGCUGGGAGGGCCACUCGCACCAGGCCCUGCAGCGCAUUGGCUGCCUCCGGAAGACCUUCAGUGGCAGCUGGGCCGCCGUGAAGAAGAGGUCGGUCUGCGCCCAGAUCAAGCUGCAGCUGGAUGCUCUCAGCAAUCUGCUCAAGCGGUCACGGAUCCACUUUCUCCAUUGCCUGGACCCGGGGACUCCGCCGGAGCCUCAGCCGCCCACCACGGGGACCACGGAAGCCGCCCCAGGACCGGCGUGGGACGUUCCGGCCCUGCGCGCCCAGCUCUCCGGCAGCCUGAUCCUGGAGGCCUUGCGGCUGCACAGAAUUGGCUACGCGGAUCGCAUGGAGCUGGUCCAGUUCCGGCGGCGCUUCCAGGGCUUGGCUCAGCCAGAGAUGAAGAAGUUCACCUCGGCCUACGAGCUGACGGAUGAGAAGAAGGCGCUGGAGGAGCUCUUCCGGGCCCUCGAUCUGGAGAAGAAGAGCGUUGCGCUGGGCCACACGCAGGUCUUCCUGAAGGCCGGCGUCCUUCCGCGGCUGGAGAAGCAGCGAGAGAAACUGGUGUCCCAGGGCCUGGUCCUGCUCCAGGCAGCCUGCAGGGGCUUCCUCUCCCGCCAGCACUUCAGGAAAUUAAAGAUCCAGAGCCUGGCUGCCCGGUGCAUCCAGAAGAACCUGGCUGUCUUCCGGGCUGUGAAGAGCUGGCCGUGGUGGCAGCUGAUGUGUGGCGUCCGGCCCCUCCUGACCAUCAGCCUGGCCGAAGGCCAGCUCCGCGUCAAGGAGGAGGAACUUGCAACGCUGCAGAAAAAGUUGGAAAACUCGGACGUUUCUCGCCAGGAGCUUCGGGAGAGCAGCGAAUUGCUGGAAAGCAAGCUCCUAGACCUGAGGGCGGAGUUGUCAGACGAACGGUUGAAAGGAGACGUCGCUUGUCGGGUGCUGGACGUGGAGCGGGCCGAGAGGCUGCGGGCAUCGAAGGAGGCACAAGAGCUUCAGGCCAAGCAGCUGCAGCUUCAGAAGCGGCUGGAGGAGGCCGAGAAGCAGCUGGGGGAAACACAGCAGCAGCUUCAGCUCCGUGAGAUCGAGGCCAAGAGCUCUGGGAAAGGGCACGAGUGGCAGAUGCGCCUGGACUGCGCAGAGACCGAGACGGCCUUUCUGCGGAAACGGAUUUCCCAGCUGGAAGAGAGGCUGGAGAGGGAGCAGCAGGCGAAAGCGGACGUGGAGCAGAAGCUCAGCCAGGCGCAGCAGCUGUACGAGGAGGCCAGGCGGGCGGCCCAGCAACUCAAGCGCAGGUGCCAGCAGCUGACCUGCGAGCUGGAGGACACCCGGGUGCUGAUGGAGAACCAGCAGAGUCGCAACCAUGAGCUGGAGAAGAAGCAGAAGAAGUUCGACCUACAGCUGGCCCAGGCACUGGGAGAGGCGGCCUUUGAGAAGAGCCUCCGGGAGAAAGUGGCGCAGGAGAACUCCGGCCUCCAGUUCCAGCUGGGCAGCCUGCGGCAUAGCCUCCAGCAAAAAGAGUUGGAAAAGGAGAGCCUGGCCCAGCGGGUGGCAACGCUCAGCUGCCAAAUGGAGGAGCUCGGCAACUGUGCCAGCCUGGAGGCGGGUGCCCCAGCCGCCCUGCAGAAGAAGCUGUGGGAUCUCGAAUCCAGGACCUUGGAGCAGCAGCAGGAGCUGAGCCAGCAGACCAAGGCUGUUCAGCAGCUGGAGCAGCUUCACCUGAGACUGGAGCUGGAGAUUGAGAGGACGAAUCAGAUCCACCAGAAGGAGCUGGAGGACAAGGAGGAGGAGCUGGAGGACAACCGCAAGUCGUGCCAGAAGCGGCUUCGCCAGCUGGAGAUGCAGUGUGAGCAGGAGGGGGACGAGAAGCAGAACCUCCUGCGGGAGAAGCGGGACUUGGAGGGCCUGGUCGCCACCCUCUGUGAGCAGAUUGGCCACCGGGACUUCGACGUGGAGAAGCGACUCCGGCGCGACCUGAAAAGGACCCACGCCUUGCUGGCAGACGUCCAGCUGCUGCUGGAGACCUCUGGGACAGCAGAGCCAGGCCCCUCUGGAAGCCAGGAGGAGUGGGCCAAGCUCCGCAGCCAGUGGGAAGAGAGCGCAGCCAGGUGUGCCGAGGCCCAGGAGUCGCAGAAGACGCUGUCCCUGGAGGUGGAGAAUUUGCACUCGGAGCUGGAGGCGGCCACCAGGAACAAGCACUUGGUGGACGAGCAGCUUUACCAGCUGCAGCACGAGAAGGCCGACCUGCUCAAGCGCUUCGAGGAGGACCAGGAGGACCUGAACGAGCUGCUGGCCAAGCACAAGGCUCUGAUUGCACAGUCGGCCACCGACAUCGCCCAGAUCCGGGAGCUGCAGGGGCAGCUGGAAUCGCUGGAGAAGGAGAAGCAGGCGCUGCAGGAGAGACUGCAGGCGGCCCAGGCCAGACUCUCCUACCUGGAACAAGCAACGGUGGAGCGCUCGAUCGUCAGUCGGCAGGAGGCCGUGAUCUGCGACCUGGAGAGCAAGAUGGAGUUCCAGAGCGUCCAGAUCAAGCGGUUCGAGGUGCUGGUGCUCCGUCUCCGGGACAGCGUGAUCAAGAUGGGAGAGGAGCUGGAGAAAGCCAAGGAGAGCGAGGCACGGGAGAGGGAGAACGCCCACUACUACCGGCUGCGGCUGGAGGAGGUGAAGGCGGACAUGAGCGAGCUGGCCCAGAGGGAGCUGGAGGCCAGUCGCAGGCGGGUGGACCUGGAGAAGCAGGUGGACGAGCUCUCGGUGGCCAGGCAGACUCUGCAGGCGGACCUGGAGACCUCCCUCCGGCGCAUUGCAGACUUGCAGGGCGCUUUGGAAGAGGUGCAGUCGAGCGAGGAGAGCGAGGCGGAGAGCGUCCAGACGGCCCAGGAUUCCCUUGGUGAACGUCAGGAGACGGAGAGUCAGAUGAGUUUGGCUUCCAGUUCAUCCCUGAGUUUAAAUCUGGACUCGGAAGGAAGCGUCCGGUCGUGGCUGGAGUCAGCUCCCAGUCUGGCGGGAAGCAGCUCUCAGCUCUCGCUGGACGUCCGGAGCCUCCCGAGCCCGAGGGCGAAGAAGGACCCCGAGGAAAGCUGGCAGCCGAUGCCGUGGCUCAGUGCCCAAAGGAAGGACUACGGGCGGUGUGGAGGAGGCCCGGAUAGCCCUUCCGUUGGCUCCCUGAAGCAGGACUACGGGAGGCCCAGAGGGGAAUUCGACAGGCCCCCCAAGUCAGAGGCCGUGUCCCCCCCUGCGUGGAGGCCCCUGUCCUCUCCCGCCACAGCCGAAGAGACGGCGAUCCCUUUCUCUCCAGCCCGGAGCAGGAAUCUCUCUCCUUUGGCCGAGGACAGGCUGUCCCGGUCCUCUUCUGCCCUCUCGGAGUAUGUGGAGGAGCUGCGGAGGAAGCGGCUGAAGGAGCCCCUGGAGGAGGAGGAGGAGGAGGCCUCCUCCUUGCCCAUCUACCAGACCACCGGGGCCCCCUUCCUCAGGAGGUGCAGGAGCCUGAAGGACAAGGAAGACUUGCAAGCCAGCCUGGAGGACCUCGUUGCAAACCCCGGAGCUGAGCUGCUCCGCUGCUCCAGUUUGAGAAGCAUCUCCUCGGAUUGUGGGCUGCGGCCGUCCCUCUCCCCGGCUCUGAAAGGGGCCUCCAGGUUCGGCUCCUACGACUCCCUGGUGCAGAGCGCGGGUGAGCCUUACGCCACAGGUGCCCCUCCGAUCCUGGGUGGGGACGCGGCCGGCCUGUUGCGCCCGAGGCCCUGGAGGAGCUGCCUGGGGGCCUCCGUGGAAGGAAGCCUGGAUCUCGGGAAGGAGCCUCUGCUGCUCCAAAGCAGGAGGCUGGGGGAGAUCCCGAGGGAAGCGGAGGAUCCCUUCUCUUGGAAGAUUCCAACGCUGAGCUACGAGCGGAAAACAGACGCUGACUCGGACGACUUCCUGCCGGCCAUCCGGAAAGCUCAGUCGGCCAGCGGCCUGUCCAGAGGCCCCAAGGAGAGGAAGGACGGACAGCGGCCCCUCAGUGUCCGCUUUGAAGACCAGGCCGCCCGGCCGCAGCUCACCUUCCUGUCCGAGAUGAAGACGGUCUUGUCCCCGCAGUCGAAGGCCAAGGAGGACCCCGGCAACCUGUCCGACUCCUCCGACUCCUCCACUGGCUCGGUGGGCUCCUUCAAGAGCGCCGACAGCAUCAAGUGCCGGCCCGAAGCCCGGAGGCAGGAAGGGGAAGGCUGCGUGGGCAGAGGGGGCUCGGAGGGGCCGAGGGGCCACCCACGGUCCGAGGCGGAAGGCCGAGAAGAGGACGUGGCCAGCAUCAUGAUGAAAUACCUGGGGAAAGAGUAAGGGCUUCAGCAGCGGCAUUGAGAACGGAUCUGCAAGCAGGGUUCCUUCCGUGGACGAUGGCUUCCCCCCCAUCGCAGCUGCCGGAACCAUAAUGCACAGCCACGCGUGGGUGUGAGGGUGUCUAGGUGUGAAGGAGACGG